GCCGCGGCCCCGCAGCGGAGCGGGGCGGGCGAGGGGCGCGGCCAGCGCGGGCCCUCCCGCAGCCCUGCGCGGAGCGGCGGCCGAGAGCGGGGCGGCUGCGGGCGGAGCGCGGCCGCGUCCCCAGCCAGGAUGUCGGGGUCGCGCUGCCAGACGCUGUACCCCUUCUCCGGGGAGCGGCACCGGCAGGGGCUCCGCUUCGCCGCGGGGGAGCUGAUCACGGUGCUGCAGGUGCCGGACGGCGGCUGGUGGGAAGGGCAGAAGGAGGACGGGCUGCGCGGCUGGUUCCCCGCCAGCUACGUGCAGCUCCUGGAGCAGAAACCCAGAAAGGCAACUCCUCAGACAGGAGAAGAUACGUUGAACAGCCAUCUUCCCCCCGGCUGGCAGAGCUAUAUGUCUCCCCAGGGCCGAAGGUACUAUGUGAACACCUUCACUAAUGAAACGACCUGGGAACGGCCAAGCAGCGUGCCUGGGACUCCAAAGAGCCCUGUGUCGCAGAGUUCUGCAGUGAAUGGCUACCACGUCUCUGGGACCCCAGUACACCAGCUCGACUCAGGUCACAUGAGCCUCCGAAAAUCCAGCGGGGGUCCCCAGGCCCCGGGGUCCCCGGCGGCGCCGCGGCGGCAGAGCAAGGAGAGCAGCCUGACGAUAAACUGCGUGACUUUCCCCCACCCUGACGUAAUGCCGGAGCAGCAGUUGCUGAAACCUUCGGAGUGGAGCUACUGUGAUUAUUUCUGGGCCGAUAAGAAGGAUUCCCAAGGGAACAAUACAGUGUCGGGAUUUGAAAUUCUUCUUCAAAAGCAACUUAAAGGGAAACAAAUGCAGAAAGAGAUGGCAGAGUUCGUCCGAGAAAGGAUAAAGAUUGAGGAGGAAUAUGCUAAGAACCUAUCCAAACUGUCUCAGAAUUCCUUGGCUGCUCAAGAAGAAGGCACGCUGGGAGAGGCUUGGGCUCAGCUCAAGAAGAGUCUGGCUGACGAAGCGGAGGUUCACCUCAAAUUUUCUUCUAAGCUUCAGAGCGAGGUAGAGAAACCCCUGCUCAACUUCAGGGAGAACUUUAAGAAGGACAUGAAGAAGUGUGACCACCAUAUCGCAGACUUACGGAAGCAUCUGGCCAGCCGCUACGCAGCAGUCGAAAAGGCCCGGAAAGCGUUGACAGAGAGACAAAAGGAUCUGGAAAUGAAGACACAGCAGCUAGAGGUGAAGCUCAGCAACAAGACAGAGGAGGAGAUUAAGAAGGCGAGACGGAAGUCGACUCAGGCCGGGGAUGACCUGAUGCGCUGCGUGGAUCUUUACAAUCAAGCCCAGUCCAAGUGGUUUGAGGAAAUGGUGACCACCACUCUGGAGCUUGAGAGACUAGAAGUUGAAAGGGUGGAGAUGAUUCGGCAGCACCUUUGCCAGUACACACAGCUGCGUCACGAGACAGACAUGUUCAACCAAAGUACGGUAGAGCUCGUGGAUCAGUUGCUUCGGAAGGUGGAUCCUGCCAAAGACAGGGAACUGUGGGUAAAAGAACACAAAACUGGAGAUAUCCGACCUGUGGACAUGGAAAUAUAGACUGAUCUCUAGUUGUAUGUGAUGAGUCCACUGAAUUAACCAGGCUAACGUUAGAUUGCUAAGGGUCAGAAGAGCAUAGGGAAAGGUUGUUCCACUACUCGACACCUUGUAAUUUAUGCCUGUACAGGCUAUCUCUGUUACGUUUAGUCAUAAAAGUGGUCCUCAUUGUGCUGAGCCUUAAGCACCAGACAUUCCGGGGUGAAAGAACCAGAUGUGUGCUUCCCACCAAGGGUUCUCAGUUGCACGCAGCUUCCAGGAGAAAUCUGCUUUCUGGUACGGAGAGAGCUCUGUUCUUCAGUGACUUUGUGCUCCAUCCCUUGCAUGACCAUCUCUAUACAGUAUGUUAGAACAACCUCGCAGCGAGCCUCUGACUAGUAAGUAGAUAACCGUUCGAACGUGAUGCGGGACGCAAGGAAGUCCUGAUCAUGAAUCCCAGGUCUGUCACUGACUGCUUUCAUGGCCAUAGGCAAGUCAAUUAAGUUUUCUGGCUCCCCCAUCUAUAAAAUACGCAUAUCUUGCAGUAAUGUUGUGUGCAUACAUUUAUUUCAUGUAACAGUUUCCCACCAUGGCAAUGAAGUGAUGGCCCUUCUCCCAAAAUCUAUGGAGAAGACUCCCAUUCUUGCUGUUUUUUACUCCCUCUCAGGGAUACAUAAACCCAUUAUCAUCAUGAUUUCUGUUCUAAGCCAAUCAAUAAGGCUGCAAGGGUUACCAUCACCAUUAUUUAUCAGGAAAGACUUGGUUGUGCUAUACCUACCUCAUUAGCUGUCUGAGUGCCCUCAAUGACAGAAAGAGGUUCUAUACCAAGGAAUAAGUGCUUUUGCAAGAAGUUUUUCUUCCUGCUUUUGCAAGAAGUUUUCUCACAGAAUCUCCCUAAAGACAGUCCUCUAACUUUUUUUGGGAUCUGGGUUUAAAUUGCACUUUGUUGGUUCCUUCAGGUGGAUAUCACAGCCUUUAGGUAUCUUUAAUUACCAAGUUUGUCCAGCCAAAAUGUGCGUUUUGUCCUUUUAGAGCCUGAUUUUCAAAGGUGCCACAAAUCUGUGACGCUAGAUUGUAUAAAUGUAGGUGCCCAGCACUUCUGCACCAUCAGAUUCUUAACCUUAGGUUUUUCCUUCGUUGACCUUACCACAAACCACCAAAAAUUCAGCACUACUCUUGGCACAUAGUGUUAUGUAGUUUGGAGACUGGUUUUGAAAAAGUAUUAAUUGUCUUCUCCUGCUGUUAUUUCUGGUUGGUUAUUCAGUGUUGCCGUUCAUAUAUCUUUCAGCAUUUCAUACGAUGCCAAGAUUCUUCAGAUUAUUGCUUUGUGUCCAGCAGAAACCUUGAUUCUCACCACUGUGGCCUUUACUCAGUGUUUACUGUGUUAUCUACAAUUUGCCAACUGUACUGUUUCAUUCGAUCCAGUUCUGCUCCACUUUGUCUCAUCGUUACCAUCCUUUUUCUCCCCAACACAAAAACUGCAUCCUUCUUUUGUUCUACAACUACUCCAGCUUUGUGCUGUGAUUCCAUCAUUGAGAAUUAACAUUCCCCUUUAUAAAUACAAACUGCAACACAGAGAAAUCUUAUCUGAAACACGUGUUUAAUGUUGCCACAGUGGUUAUUUUUCUGGAUUGUUAUUUCAAACUGAAUUCUGUUGCAUUUUCCCUUUUUCUCAACCAUCUCUUUACCAGCACAGAUUCAUUCCUGCCUUGCAGAUGCCUCGACAACCCACUUUUCUGCUGUGUCAUUAACCUUUAUAAACCUUUGCAAGUUGGCAGGUUCAAUGCCACGAAUGCUCGGGAUCACCAUUCCUCGUGUGACACCUCCCAUACUGCAAAUCCAUUAACACCUCUGAAUUUGCGACUGCUGUUUCCUUCUCGGUGUUGACAUGCUUACAUUGAGUCUCUCCUAAGUUCUUGCAAAAAGCAUUUGCCAUGCAGAUGGAGCAUGGUUUGCCUGAGAGUUGCAUGGUCCUUGAGCUCAGUUCAAUACGGUCGCUUUCCUAGACCCCUCUUCUGUGGCUCAAGCGGGGAGGUUUAGUGAUGAUCUCUCUUUUUCAGUCUUCUUAUUGAUUCACUCCUUUUCCUGUUCUUUUGGCAUCCCAGUGUAUACUUUUCCUAUCUCUACCAUGCACUUUCGAGGACAGGCACCACUUUUUUGUCAGUUUUUCUCCUUGUUGUUUGGUUUGGUUUGCUUUGCUUUGCUUGCUUUGCUUUGGUUUCAGAAACCACAGGUGCCGGGUAAGCUUUUGAAACUUCAAUGGCCAAAAAUAACUGGAGUACCUAAGAGCUGCAUCUCAGGUCAACCCUUUUAUUCUAAGCUAUAUUAUAAAUUAAAAUGAGCAAUCUUGACAAUACCUCACCACAUUCUUGUUUUGGUUGCCAAACAAAGCUCGUUGUGACUUCACACAGUAUUCUCCUUAAUAUCUGAAAUAAUCUGUUAUUAAUUACAGUUUAUUUUUCCUCUUCCUUUAAAGAUGUUUGUUAUUUUAUCUAUUUCAGGCUGGAAAUACAGUCCAUUAGCACAGGUUUCUCUGUGGAUUUAAAUGUAUUCUGGUUCCGCUACUUAAGCUGCACUUCUCAGUUGUAUUUUCUGGUAAUCUUUUUCCCCCUUUGAUUUAUUUCCAAACAGUUUUCAUAUUUCUAGUUUUUGGUCCAUUUGAAAUGUUGCAGGAACGUGUGAGCUGCACAAGACAAUAAGUCUCUUGAUGGGGUCUGUUAUCUCUUUUUCACUUCGAUAAUCCGAGGGACCGCUUGUGCCUGGCUGUUCAUCUUCACCAGGCCCCGCGAGUGAUGGGGCUGCCCUGCGGUGGGUGAGAUGCUUCCUGUACAAGAAUUCCAUCCGUAAUCGGGGGAAGUGUUAGGGAAGUUUUGCUGUUGCUUCUAGACAUCUAUUGCCUGCAAAAGAUGAUAUUCCUUUGUGAUACAACACUGCAGACAGCGGGAUCAGCACUGUCAGGCUGAUGGAUUCGGGACAGUGUGACGCCUUGCAGGUCAGUUCUUCUGAACGGACAGCAUCUUCAAAGAAGGUAGUGACAAGUUUGAAGGGAGGGGUGGAUGCCUGCCCUCGUGUUCACUCCUAACAAGGUAACUCUGGGGGUUGUAGCAUUGCUCUGUUCAUCUUCCAGUGAGUUGAAAAAAUGCAGCUGAACUCAGUCUUUCCUUGUGCAACAGCUCAUCCUAAACAGCUUCUUCUCUGGAACAAGAUCAAGCUUCGUGCUAUGUUAAAAUAGCUAGUGUGUGAAAAGCAUGCUGAUGUUGUAACAUAGCUAAUUAAUAGGAAUAGCAAAGAAGUCUCUUGCCUCCAUAGGUGCUGAGCUUAAGGGUCACCUUGUUUUGUCUGGCAGGUGGACACACGCACUUGAUGAAAGUUUUUGCUGUGUUAUUCACCACAGCUGUCGGGGUUUCUCUGUUGAGUGACGAGGCUGUCUUACAUUUUCCUACAGCCCUGUGGUCACAAAACAGAAUGCGAGCCUUUUGGGUUUUGGCUUUUUUUGCUUUCACCUGAACAGGUAGAAUUAGUGGAAAUUUGCCUCUCGUUCUUAUCUGAUCGUUCUGCUGGCCCAGGUCUCGUGCUAUUAAGCCUCUGGCUCCCUGGUGAUCUCGGCUUCUGCAAGAGCCCUUUGCCCUUAUUGAGCUCAAGCGCUUCAUGAAUUCCUACAGCUUUGAGUCCGUUGGGUGUCCUGACUCCAGUGCCAAAGCUGCGGAGGUGUUUACCAGCUGUCACCACAGCUGCCACGCAGAACAAGAGCAUUUUAUUUGUCAUCCAUACCAUAUGACUUCAAAGCCAUCUUCUGGCCCAGCUGACUCAAUAGAGCGUCCUCAUUGGAAGUUUAAGGUUUUCUUACAGCUAAUUUCCUAACAGAGCUCAUUCUGGAUCCAGUGCUGUUGGUUGAUUCCUGUUGGAGUUAACAAGAUGGAAACGAGUCCCUUACCACACGGGCCAGUUGCACUCUUCUCCCAUCACUGGCAAGAUUCCAGUUGCUCUCAUAGAGCAACAUCCCAAAUGGGCUAAUUCUCAGAUUUCCAAUCUACUCCACAUUCACUCAGGUCGGUCACUCACAUUUGUUUGUCUUCUGAAAGGCUUCAGUUGCUCCCUUAUGGAAAUGUUAUUUCAUGAUUUGACACUGGGAUCUUUAGAGAUACAUUUAAUAUUUUUUUUAAGUGUUAAAAUAUCUUACCAGUAGUGAAAAUCACAUGGAAAUCUGUUAUGUUUCCAGAAUAUGUUGCCCCCCCUGCAGCCCUGCCUGAGCUGCUGCGGUGUGGCUGUGCUCCCCUUGUCUGCACAGUCACAGUGAACACUGAAGUCGUUCUUUCUUUCGUGCAUGACAGUGUGCAAACUCGUGCUCCCUUUCUCUUUACUCUUUGUGCGUCUGCACAGUUCCAUGUUGCAGAAUUAGCUGCUUUUUGUUCAGCUGGCAGCCCCACGCUGUAAUGUCAGCAUGUGUAGCCGUCUUGUGACAGCAAACUGCGCUCAGAUCAUCUCUUGUUUGUUUUUUGGUUUUUUAUCUAACAGAAAUUCUCUCCAAAGCAUUCGCAGGAAACUUUUGCAUGCUCAGUAAUGGUCAUCAUCUCUCAGACCUUCUCAGAACCUGUUUCUAAUGUCGUUAUUGAAGUAUUUGCUGCAAGUUCAACUCAGAGAUUUCUUGAAGACAACAGGGAGCAUGUAGGCGAUAAGAGACUUUGAAAAUCAGGCUAACAAAUAGAAAUGCACAAGCCUCUUUUUUCCUUAGUCGUUGGGUACAUGUAUAAGGUAAAACAUCAGGAAAUAAGAACCUCGAGUACUUAAUGUGUAAGACCCAGCUGCUCUACCUGCAGCUCCCAGCAGCUCCAGGAGUGACUCCGUGUCAGGCCGGGCUGGGAGCGCAGCUCUAGAACAUGGGCCUGCAGCUGAUGCAGCCACAAAAACCCCAAUCCAAAAUCAAGUGAACAAGUAGCUCUACCCACCUAUUUCUUCAGUCACACGCAGGGAGAAAGAGCACUGCUCACCCAGGUGGGCCCUUCACUAUCAAGCACCUUAAAAAAUCCAGACCAGCACCUUGAAGGUCCCCUUGGGAUGAGUAGAUGUGACUUCGUGGUGUGAUCCAUUGAUCAUUUCCCUCUGAACUGAAAACGUAUUUUCUGUUUUAUCGUAGCUAGUGUGCACUUUUGCCCUGCUGGGCCUGCUGGGCUUGUUCCCAGAGACACCAGUCAGAGCCUGGUGUCCCGGGGGCCACCCUGGUCACCCUGACAGUCCUGCUUCGUGACAACCAGGUCUUCAAAAGACAGCAUCAGAAGGGCACUUUUCAAAAUAAUGAGCUUUCCUGGUCCCAGGCCUUUCUGGAAGGUCUGGAUGCUUUGUGCCACCCAGCAUGUGUUGAGAUAGGAGCGUGAGGUCCCAGCGGUCGCUGCAGCGUUGCUGUGAGCGGUUCUUGCUGCGCGGGCGCUCGCCGUGCUCGGACGGUCGGGAGCGGCUGACGAGCGUCCUGCACAGCAGAGCUGUCUGACCUUGUACCAGAGGAGCCUGCUGGUCACGUUAAGUUAAAUGUGGGCAAUAGUCACAGGCAGAUUCAAAUUAAGAACAGACACGUGGGGCAGGAAAACAUUUAGCUGCCCCAGUGGUGUCUGAGCUUCUUGACACGAGGCGCUCGUCUCCCCCAGACCCCGAUGGGCCCAGUAACAGGCUCACCCCUCUCCAAAUUCUGCUUAGCAUAUGGGAACGGGUGAUUAGAUGUUCCCGUGUAUCUAUUGCUCGACACGGGGCUCCCCGCUGGUGCCUGGUUGUGCCGGCGGUGGCUGCAGAACGGUUGGUGUCGAUCGGCGGUGCCCGGCGCCCUCGCGCUGAGCCGAGCGUGGCGCGCAGGCCGUCUGCAGGAGCUUGAGCACACGGUCUUUCUGCUGUAUAAUGGUGAUGAGGUCUUUCCCAUCAGCAAAUCCUUGUCUUUUCCCGAGAAGCACUAUUUUAUGAAUAAUAUUCAUUACUUUGUCUCAUAGUAGAUCUGAUCCAUAUAAAUGUGCAUCUUUCAGUUCUUUUGUUUUUCCUCUUCAUUGUUUUGGUGGCCACCCUCCAUCCCUGAGAUACACCGGUUUUCAGGAUCUUUAAUUUUGAAUUUUCAUAGAAUGUUGCUUUAAUGUGCUGACCAAACACCGUGCUUUUAGGUGUUUUCUGAGAAUGGUAAGUGCGUGCUUUUUGGAGGGUUUAUUUUUGGGUUUUGUUUUGGAUUUUGCUGAUCAGCCACCAGGUUUGGAAGCGCAAUCACAGGUUUGUGCCAAUCACUUUUCUUCCUUUCUUCCUGGACAUUUUUUCUGAAGGGACCAACACAUAGCACAAUUCGACUUCUUAAAUUUCUAAUCCCAUGCAUUCCUCAAGGCAGAAACCUUUCGUGCCUAAUGAUGCGUCUGAUUCUAAGAAUUGUACAUGGAUAAAAUAUUUUAUAGACCAAUGAAAAAUAAGUCUUAGAUUAACCACAUAGUAAUCACAGAAGAAAUAACAUAGAUUUGAAACAUUCAAAUUUAAUUCCCUCAACUUACAUUAAGUUGAACUAUUUCAGGUGCAUUGCAAGCGAUAAACUCAGUGGAUACUCCAAACAAAAGCUUUUCAGCUGCUGUAUUCAGGUUCAGUGAGCAGACAAGACUAUAAUUUUGAAUAUAUGCAGUCUUUCAGGGCUUUAUUUAACGAGUAACUGAGUAAUGGCUUGUAUCACAACCUGACUAAAAUUCUCAUAGCUCCCCUUGAAGUGCCUCUUGAAAUCUUAUCUGCUACAAGCAUGUAGAAUUCACCCUGCAAAUUCCCAAAGCUCAGGAGCAGCCGGUUUGCACAGAUCUGUGCAGGAUUCUCGGUGCCGCCGUCCUCGCUCUGCGCUCUUCUUGGACAUCCACAUAUCCGGAGCCCCACGGCCUCUCACCGACUCGGUACAGUCACCCGAAAUUCUCAAUGCUGAAAACAAAGUAGGAAACGUUAGACUUAAAAGCAACCUCACUGAAGGAGUGUCGCUAAACCAACGCGACACAUCCCUCAGUAUAAGGGUCUCGGUAAAAUAAGCAGGGAAUUCUGCAUAAAAACAUAUUGGAAGUCUAAAGAUGAAGAGUAAUUUCAGGGAUAUCACAUCUGCAUGACGUGACAGUCGUAGUCAUUUGAAUUUGAUAACGCCUAACUGGAAAUCCCCCGUGCCUUUGGGGUUUCUUAAUGGGAUGGCUGAGAUUUUCGGAAUAGCCUGAAGAAUCUGGAUGUCCAUUUACCACUCUUCUACUCUUUAGGAUGCACCUCUAUCCAUUAUGAAAAAAAAAAAAAGCAGGUACUAGUAUUGGACAGAUACUUUAUUCUCCUAUUUAGAUGGUUUCCUUUCAGCAGCCCACGACAGUGGGAAGAAUCCACCAAACAGUUCUGCAGGGAUUUACAGAGAUUCAAAAGCGAGCCAGAUGAUCAGUCAUGUACUAAACCAGAGUUUUCUACUAAAAUGAAGCUAUUAUUUGGUCCUUUUGUGUAAUUUUUGCUAAAUACUUCUAAAUUUCUAGGAAAGUUAUCUUCUGCCAGUACUAAUGACUUAUUUUUAAAGAUGUUUAACCAAAAUUUUAUAACUUUCCAUAAAUUUUGGCUGAAUAGACCCCUUAAAUAGUUGAUGUAUCAUGCAGCCUCUGUCUGGGUGAGAAGUGAAUUUUGGAUAAGUGUGCAAAUUAUAGGAUGGCUUUUGUUCCAUAAGGAUACAUGAAGGAAUCGCUCACUGAACUUAAGUUGAAUGCAGAGGACAUGGAAGGGGCAGAUCUUGGGUCAACUGGAAGAGUUCAGGGGAAGCCACUUUAUGUCAGCUGUGGGUCUUGUCCUUCAGUGUUGAAGGCAUUUCCUAUACAUGAUUUUUCUGUCCUACUGUAAAACAAUUUCAUAUGGUUAAACUGUAUUUUCCUAUAUUGUUCUGCAAGUUUAUAUGCACCACAGUGCUCAUCUCAUCUCCUGUAAAAUAAACUGUACAGAGACACACUGAGCAUGGAAUUGUCUUUACCCAGUUGCUUUUUCUUCUACCAAAGCCACACACCUUUUGAAUGCGAUAUCAUGGAACACCACUUGGGGUGCCAUAUGCGCAUGUUCUGCUUUGUUGAUAAUGCAGCUUGAAUUUGCAAUCACAUCACUCGUGUAAUUUACUUGUACUCAUCCUUUUCGGAUCUUUGCAUGAUGUUCAAAUGAGUACAGCCCCUAAAGUUUCAUUUUUAUUGGAAAUCAAUUUAAGAAACACCUGUAGUUCAGUGGUUUUGUUUCUUAAACAAGCAGGCAAGCUGACCAUGGUCAGUCCGAAAGCAGCUGCCGUGAGAUGGGCAUGCGUUGAAUCACCUGUAAGUCUUCAUACAGUCAGUGCUUUACCUGCAAGUUCCAUGUGCAUCUUGAACCUCAGUUGAAGAGAAAACACUGUUGUAAAAUGCUAUUGUUAAUAAAUCAUUCUACUUCGA